AAUUUUAUCAAACCAAAUAAACAAACACACAAAUAUAAGAAGAAAGUUGUUGUCGAUUCGUGUUUGGAAAUUUUGUUUAUUUGGAAAAUGUCUAUGAUACCGUUUUUUCCAUCAUUAAGACCGCAAGUUGCCAAUCGCAUAUGGUUCCAUGUCGAUCUGCCUAUAGAUGAGUCCGAAGUUCUGCGUUCCGAGAGAGAACACCAUAACUGGUUGGAUUCUAUUAAGAAUAUUGCUUCAGAUUUACAUCCACUUGGACGAAUAGUGACAUUGCCUGGACCUGAAACUGACGAUGAAGAUGAUGCUGCAGCCAAUGACGACAGUGAUGACACUGACAGCCACGAGGAUGAGGAUGAUGAUACACAUGACCAUGGCAACCAAACAGACCGUACUGCCCUAGGCUUAUAUUCACCUGCUGAUGAUAUGAACAAUACUGUCCCGCCAUUAACCGACGCUCAAUAGUUAUAAAGUACAUUACAUUAUCGUAGCUUUCAGAUAGAAUUAUGUUUAUGAGCGCUGACAUUUAAAAGUUGUAAAGAAUUCUUAGAAUAUAAAUUUAUUUAGUAUAACAAAUUAUACUAAAUAAAAAAACU